AUUUGCUUACCGGUUGUUGAAAGUCUGCCCCAUGCUGAGCGAAAUGAAUUGAGCAUUGCCAUUUCACCGGAUGUUUCAACGUACAUCGUUGAUUGGUUGCAUUCAGCUGCUUACCAUCGAGACUAAUGAACGCGCAUUAAUGUCAGAACCGUCUGCUAACUUUUUGUAUGCUUGUGAGUUGUGCAGUUCUUUUCUAACCUCAAAGAUUAUUUUUGAUGCUCACAAGAAUUGAGAGAAUUUACCAUGUUUAACCAUAAGAAUAAAAAAAUCACACGUUGAGAAUUAAAUUUAUUGUUAAGUUUAUAUAAAAAUGAGCGACUCGGAAGAAGAAAAUUACGCGACAUUCGGCGCUGCUCUUGAUCCCUUGGACGAAGAGAAUAUUCCACGGAAAAAGCCUGUUACAAUCGAAGAGCAAUAUGCUUAUGACGCCCAAGGUAGACGUAGAUUUCACGGGGCGUUUACAGGUGGUUUUUCAGCAGGAUACUUUAAUACCGUUGGCACUCGCGAUGGCUGGAGACCGCAACAAUUCAAAUCUUCCAGAAGUAGUAAAGCGGAUAAUAUUACUCAGCGACCAGAAGACUUUAUGGAUGAAGAAGACACAAGUCUGUUUGGAAUUGCUCCCAAAGGAAUUCGAGCUACUAGUGACUACGCUGAUCACGGACAGAGAGGAAAGAAAAGAGAAAGGAUAAAUCAAGAUAAUAGUGGACCUAUUCCUGGUACUCCUGUUUUAAAAGAUCUUCUAAAACCUGCCAAAGAGACAGUUGGUAUUGUUCUACUCAAGAAAAUGGGCUGGAAGCCUGGUCAGGGCGUGGGUUCUAGACUCACAAAGAGAGAAAAGCGAAAGAUAAAGCAACGUAAUGAAAGGUUACAAUUAGGACAAGAUAAUCUUGAAAUGGGAAGCAAUUCUGAGGAUUCGGAUGACGAGUCCGCCAAUAUUACCUUUGCACCUGACGAUUACGAGCCAUUUAGAUGCAAGCCAAAGGACAAUUAUUUCGGCAUUGGUUAUUCGGGUCUAGACAGGCGUACAAUUCUUUCCAGUCACAUCAAUCUGUUCGAUGCUCCAGCAUUUUGCGUUCAAGAUAAAAACAAAAAACUGUCGAUUCAUGGCCAGGCGUUUGGAGUCGGUGCAUUUGAGGCAGAUGACGAGGAUAUAUACGAGAAAGAGGACAUGUCACGUUACGAUUUUGCCUUGGGUCCUGAGCGUAAGACGAAGACGAGAUGGUCUCAAGAAGGCCCGAGUAGCUCGCAAACUGACCAUUUGCAGGAUUUCGCUCGCGCGAAGGACAGAUUAGACAGCAAGAAGAUCUUUAAGCCGCCCGAAUUGCCAAAGGAUUUCACGCCAGUACAUAUUGUUAGAAAAAGCAGAUUUUAUCCACCAAUUGCGGCUCCAGUAGAAAGUAAUAAACGUCGAGAGCCAUUGAACGCCAUAGAUAGAGCACGGAUUUUAGAAGACCCGGACGAUCAUUUGAAAAAACCGCAAGCGGCAUCGAACACGUCCGUCGCCUCGAAUAUCAUUACAAAAACGUUGAACUUACAUGGUAAACAACAAACGGAAGAGAGAAAAAAAUUGGAGAGUCAACGGACAACGGCGGGUAACUCAUGGAUGGAUAAAUUAAAUGCGCAAUACUUUGUCAAAGGGGGUGUUGUCGGUUCCGGACAGGACAACAUGGAUAAUUUAAAAACGUUAGAGAAUUUCAAAGAAUCUUUGACAUCUAUGCAAUCAAGUGUGGACAAAUCGGAAAAUUCCUCGAGUAAGAACGAAACGAAGAAAUUAUUUUUGUCCGACCCGGAUAAACAAAGACGAUUCGAGCAGUAUCUCGUCUUCUUAAAGAACGAUGAAAAGAAUAAACUGGAAAGCAUCCAACCGCUUUCCAUGACCGACUGGGAAAGAGAUCAGGAACGCGUAGAGUUUGAGCAAGCGGUAAAGCUCGAGCAAUCAAAUGAUUAUAUGGCGGAUAAGUUCAUGCACAGUAUAGAUCACAGUACAGAUAACACGACGGAUCAACCGGAUCCGGAAAAGGAUGUAAAGGAAGCAGUGAAAUUAAAGAUGUUUGGUAAACUUACACGUGAGCGGCACGAAUGGAAGCCGGCAAGUAUCGUUUGUAAAAGAUUUAAUAUUCCUGAGCCGAAAGUCGGCUGCGCUUCAGUUACGACGGAUCGGAAAUCGGCAAGAUUCUCGGUGUUCGAUUCCUUAGAUUGGUGUGGCUCAUCUAAGUUCACAAAAGCUACGGAUACGGUUGAGACACAAGUGGACGAAGUUUCUCAAUUGUCUAAAGAAAUGGAAGAAAAUGCAGACGAAACGAUUUCCAAUAACGAUUCCAAUAAUAUUUUAUCUAAUAAUUAUCAAGCUUUAGAGCCCGUUUCCGAGAAGUUUAAAAUCUUUGAGGCUUCCUACGAAAAAGUUUUUGGCAAAGGCAUUCAAAUUGCUCCUCCCGCAGCGUUGAAAGACGUCAAUGAAGAUGCGAGGGAUAAUUUAGAAAAUAAAGAAACUCAAGAAGUAGAAGACACGCAAGAAAUCACCGCCGAACCGGUCACUGCACUUAAGGAUCAAUCAAAAGAGAAGAAGGAUUUAUUCAAGGCGAUUUUUCUUAGCAGCAGCGAAGAUUCCGAAAGUGAGUCGGAUGAGAAUGACGACAGCGAGGCGGUCAAGUCAGUAUUGAUCGGAAAAGAUCCGAAGGAAAUAAACGUACAGCGAAACACGUCACCGCCGCGAGGUAUCUUCGCAAAACUGGAUCUCGACAGUUUAGUGACGCAACCGAAACGUGUUAAUGAUGAAAGUAGAGUUUCUAAGAUCCCAGGAACCACCUUGCCAGCGACCGAUGGAUCACAGAACGAUGUUACGGAUCACAAUGAUGUGAUUAAUGAUACGGAGAUGGCGAUACCACCAGAUAUGUACGGUCCGGUUUUGCCGCAAAGGUUGUUAAAGCAGGAGAGCCUUGCGACAACGGCAGAAGCAGGUGACGCGAAUCAAUCCCUGAAACCAGUAUUUCGCAGCGUCGUGGUGUCGAAAACUACAGACGAUUCGAGACUUGGCGGAAAAUGGGUAGAGCGAGACAAGACGAAAAAGUCGAAGAAAGAGAAGAAGAAGCAUAAACAUAAGGAGCAUAAAAGUCCUAAACACAAGAAGAAAUCUAAGAAAGAGAAACGCUCGAAACGCUGAUGUUUGUUUAUUUUAUUCUUCAGUGAUUUUCAGCGGCAUAAUAUACAUAAAUCGACUUAGUCGCAUGAUCAAGAUGCUUGUAAAAUAAUAUAAAUGUAUAUAAAGAAAUUUUAGAAGAAACUCAUGCUUGGCCAGAA